CUUGAAUGUUGUGGUGUAUCGUCAGCUUCACAGGGUUAUCGGGACUGGCAACUAUCGGAUCAGUUCAUUUGCAAUCCGAGCAAUCCUUAUCCAGAAAAGUGUGGAGUACCAUUCAGUUGCUGCAAACGAUCAGUGGUAUCAGAAGCAGCGGCUGGUUCUACCAAUCCUUUGUUACCAGCGAUGCGAUCAUUGCAAUGUUGGCAGAAUGCGCAAACAAAACGGCCUCAAGAGCUGGAAGCUGAUUUGCACACACGAGGAUGUUUACAACCGUUGCGAAUACUUUUCGAAAGCCAUGCCGUACAUGUUGGCGCUGUUGUUGCCAUCAUUAUUAUUCCUGUUUGUAUAUCAGUAUGUUUAUCGAAUAUCUUGGCCAAACAAAUCGAUCACCAACGAUAUUUACUAGAACGUGAAGCUCGUCGUUGUGAGCGACGUCGUAGACGUAAUGAACGGAUUCGUUUCCGUGAUCAAUAUACAGCUGCUAUGGAAACUAACGCUAACGAACCCAAACGUUCUGCGAGUGCUCCACGGCAUAGCACAGGUCAAAAUUCAGACGAUAGUGCAACUGUCAUCGACCUCGGAUUGGAAUCCGUUAAAGUGACGGAGCCACCACGACCUUCUGUAUCUGUUCAGCCGGAAAAGAAACUUCCUGCCAUAAAUUUAUCAAAAUUUUCGCAAUCACUACCACCAGUACCUCCUCAUGAGCCUUCUCAACUGAAUGGUGAGGUCAGACGACAUCGAAAACAUUGUCGACCAACAAGUAAUUCACCAUCAAAACAUACUGUACAAACAUCAUCGGCAAUAAACCAGCAUCAAAGGAUACCGAACGGAACGUCAGUAUCAGCUCCUCGUAAUAAACAGAAGCAACGAAAACGUUCAUUGGCUACCGCUUCACUGUCCAAAACGUCAACCGAAAAUCGGACGCAGCAAUGGGUUUUGGAGCAAUCCGAUCUUGUUGGCUAUAAGCCUGUUGGCUAA